GAAGGCUUCAGAGAUGCCUCCAUACAGGAGCUGAGCAAGGGAGUGAGAAUGAGGAGGGGAAUCAUCAUGAGGAAGUUCCUGGGGAAGUGGAACCGCAUGGGACGUUUGUGGGAAGAGCUGAAGGGAAUUUUCCCCAGUGCUUGGAGCAGGCAGAAGCCUGGGGAAGUUGGCACAGGUCAGAGAGGCUUCUGGGAAACCACCCAGGGAAGAAAGUGGAUGAAUCUAGUAAUGGUGGGGGAGGAGAGGAGAAUCGCAGAGCGCAGCAGACAAAUCCCAAGGAAGAGACACCCUGGCACUACCUUCAGUGUGGGAAAGAAUUCAUUGUGAGAUCACAGCUUGUGACACAUCAGACUAUCCAUACUGGAGAGAAACCCCUUCAAUGCUUGGACCAUGGGGAAAGCUUCAAUAAGCUCUCAGAUCUUAAUAACCACGGGAGAAGCCACAGUGGAGAAAAACCCUCUCAAUCCCUCAAGUGCGGGAAAUGUUUCAUUUCGAAGACACAAAUAAUUAGACAUCAGUUAAGCCUCACAGGGGAGAGACCCCACAAGUGCGUGGACUGUGGGAAAAGUUUCAAACAUAGGUCAGACCUUGUUAAACAUCAGGCAAUCCACACAGGAGAAAGACCCCAUAAGUGCUUGCAGUGUAGGAAAAGCUUCAUAAGAAAGUCACACCUUGUUGAACAUCAGUCAGUCCACACAGGAGAGAGACCCCACAACUGCAUGUACUGUGGGAAAAGUUUCAUAAGAAGGUCACACCUUGUUUAUCAUCAGACAAUCCACACAGGAGAGAGACCCCACAAGUGCUUGGACUGUGGGAAAAGUUUCAUGAAAAGCUCAGACCUUGCUAAACAUCAGGCAUUACACACAAGAGAAAGACCCCACAAGUGCUUGGACUGUGGGAAAAGUUUCACACAGAAGUCAGAGCUUGUUAAAUAUCAGGCAAUCCACACUGGAGAGAGACCCCACAAGUGCUCGGACUGUGGGAAAAGUUUCACAGAGAGGUCAAACCUUGUUAAACAUCAGGCAAUCCACACAGGAGAAAGACCCCACAUGUGCUCGCAGUGUGGGAAAAGCUUCAUAAGAAAGUCAAAUCUUGUUGAACAUCAGGCCAUCCAUACAGGAGAGAGACCCCACAAGUGCUUGGAGUGUGGGAAAAGUUUCAUAAGAAGGUCACAGCUCGUUUAUCAUCAGGCAAUCCACACAGGAGAGAGACCGCAUAAGUGCUUGGACUGUGGAAAAAGUUUCAUAACAAGGUCACACCUUGUUAAACAUCAGGCAUUACACACAGGAGAAAGACCCCACAGGUGCUUGGACUGUGGGAAAAGUUUCAUACAGAGGUCAAACCUAGUUCAUCAUCAGACAAUCAACACAGGAGAGAGACCCCACAAGUGCUUGGACUGUGGGGAAAGUUUCAUACAAAGGUCAGACCUUGCUGAACAUCAGGCAAUCCACACAGGAGAGAGACCCCACAAGUGCUUGGACUGUGGGAAAAGUUUCAUACAAAGAUCAAACCUUGUUAAACAUCAGGCACACCACACAGAAGAGAGACCCCACAAGUGCUUGGACUGUGGGAAAAUUUUCAUACAGAGGUCACAGCUUGUUCAACAUCGGGCAAUCCACACAGGACAGAGACCCCACAAGUGCUUGGACUGUGGGAAAAGUUUCAUAAGAAGGUCACACGUAGUUCAUCAUCAGGCAAUCCACACUGGAGAGAGACCCCACAAGUGCUUGGACUGUGGGAAAAGUUUCAAAAGAAGGUCACACCUUGUUUAUCAUCAGGCAAUCCACACAAGAGAGAGACCCCACAAGUGCAUGGACUGUGGGAAAAGUUUCAUACAAAGAUCAAACCUUGUUAAACAUCAGGCACUCCACACAGAAGAGAGACCCCACAAGUGCUUGGACUGUGGGAAAGGUUUCAUAGAGAGGUCAAACCUUGUUAAACAUCAGGCGAUCCACACAGGAGAGAGACCCCACAAGUGCUUGGACUGUGGGAAAAGCUUCGUAAGAAAGUCAAACCUUGUUGAACAUCAGGCAAUCCACACAGGAGAGAGACCUCACAAAUGCUUGGACUGUGGAAAAAGUUUCAUAAGAAGGUCACACCUUGUUCAACAUCAGGCAAUCCACACAGGAGCGAGACCACACAAGUGCUUGGACUGUGGGAAAUGUUUUAUACAGAAGUCACACCUUGUUCAGCAUCAGGCUAUCCACACAGGAGAGAGACCCCAUAAGUGCUUGGUCUGUGGGAAAAGUUUCAUACAAAGUUCAGACCUUGUUAAACAUCAGGCAUUACACCCAGGAGAGAAAUCCUAUAACUGCUUUCAUUGUGGGAGUAGUUUCAUACAGAUUUCACACCUUGUUCAACAUCAGUCAGUCCACACAGAAGAGAAUCCACAAGUGCUUGGACUGUGGGAAAAGUUUCAUGGGGAGGUCAGACCUCAUUAAACAUGGAAGAAUCCACACAAGAUGUAAAGUUCUGUGACACAUGGCAAGAAAGUGUUAAGCAACUUGCAUGUAAUUUACUCAUGUUCAGCGUUUAGAGAGAGAUUUUAAAAGUGUGUCCACUUUAGAUAAGGUAGAGUUUGAAAUGUAAACAUGUAUUGUUAAAGAAUUGGAAGAAGAGGGGUAACUGUAUUGGUCUAUGUUUAACUAUAUCUUGUUAGAGGUUAACAAUGUAUCCCAAGCGUUCCUGUGUUCUGUUAAUUCAGGGAUCAAUAAUUUAGAAAUUAUACCCAUCGCCCAUUCCACCUGCCCAAUUCUAGCUCAGUCUUUGAAUUUGCUGGGGGUAGGGGCUAAAAGAUGGAGGGAAUGUUUAUAGCUGAAAUAUGUUUUGCAAGGUUAAUGUGAAUUGGAUCUGUUCCGCUCUCCUGCUCGGAUAUUUUCCCUGGCGAUCCUGGAGACAGAAAGGAGCAAGUAUUACCAUCUUGGCUACCAAUCCCCACGGUGAUUUUCUACACUAGCAAUUCUCAAACUGGGGGGCAGAACCUCCCAAUGGAGGAACAGAAAUGUGUCAAGGGAGGCGUGAUCAGUGUGGGUAGUUGUUUUUUUUAAGAGCACUGGCUGUCGUCCCCAGGUGGUUGGGGCUCAUGAAGAAGGAACAGGCCCAUCUGGGAGGUGGGGAUAAAUGCUCAGGCUCUCUAACCCAGGUGAAGCAGCAGCACAGAAGUAGGGGUGUCAAUGGGGUGAUAAGUCUGUUGUGAACAGCGAUAUUGAGGAACAUCACUUUUUACGUAGCCACCCUCACUUCUGUGCUGCUAUUGGACGACUUCAGAGCUGGGCACGUCGCCAGCAACUGCUCUGCCGUUAGAGCUGAGUGGCGAUAUAUGUGCUUGUGAGGGUGCGGGUGUAAAUGAGCAGAGACACAAAGUUUGUGUUGGGGGAGCUGAUAAAACACCUUUGAGAGCCACUGGUCUACACUAUUGUGGUCACCACAUUUACAGAAUGAUAAAUCUUCUCCAAAGUGUGUCUUGUGAGGUAUCAUAGGGAAAGUCAUCGCCUGCUGAAUAUUAUUGUCCCAUUAGAAUGUCUAUCAGCACUUUCCAUGGAGCUCGGAGAGUUUGCUGUAUGUUUGUUACAUGCUGUAAAGCUGGAAAACGCCCACAGACGAGCUCCCCAGAGACAGUGGCACCUGCACACCAGCUAGGUGCUAAGUGGCCAGUAAUUGCUCAGCCGGUCCUUCACCAGCUGUGGAGCUGGGAACAAGAGAGUUAUAAUUCAACGGAAGGACGGCUGGACGCCCACUCAGGCCACUGACUGACUAUCACCUGCCCCCCAGCUGGGGGUUGAACCUCAAAGAGGAGAGUGGUACAAAAGCACAACGCAGAAUUGCCUCCAUUUUCACCUCUCCUCUCCCAUCUUUACAGAAGGCAAGAAUAUGACUUGAAAGGCAACAGGGGCCGUGGAGUGGAGAGGACGGACCAAGGCUGGAAGGAAAUCCAGCCUGGGUACUCAGAACUGUGAACUGCCUCCAAUAGCAGGUGGGGUGCAAAAACCUCCUUGCUUCACAUUUUCCUUAAAUUGGUAACAUUUAGGAUUUAAAUGCAUGUUUUAUUUUUAUAUUUUUAACCGAUUCUGAUCUUUGACAUCCAUCUCCCUUGUAAUCCCUGAAAACCCCCUUGCUCCAGUUAGUAAAGUGGUUUUAGUGUU